AUGGCAGUGAACACAGACAGCAUCAGCCGCCAGGCCCUUGGGCUUAGUCCCACGACAAGUGAAUAUCCCUACCAGGGCAUGCAACACUUCCAGGACAUUAUCUACAAAGAAGCAGCGGAAUGCAAACACGAGUACGUGAUCUUCUCCAAUAUCAACGAGCAGACCUUCAUACGAGACUUCGACGAGCCAAACAGCCAUUCAUACAGUGAUUUCUUUCCACAAAAUCGCAUCCUUGUUGCCAGAAUUCCAGCCACCGAAGUUCACGAAGAGGCGCACGCCGAGCUCCACAAUACUCUUAUCAUUAAGCUCUUGAACAUGAAUGUCCGCUCUCAGCUGCGAUCGCUUAUAGGGGCCGAUGUGGUGACUCCCACACGAACUAAGAAGCCCGACCAGUCAUACAAGCCUGUGAAUAUGCCAGCCGGUUACUCCGGUCACUGGCCAUCCGUAGUGAUCGAGGGUGCGUUCUCGGAGAGCCAGAGCAAACUGACCAAUGAUGCGCGCUGGUGGCUCAACGCUUCCGGGGGAGAAUUGAAGACUAUUAUUACCCUUGCAGUCCAGAAGAAAAGGAAGUCCAUCACGAUUGACAAAUGGGAGGCGAUCAGCCGGCCCACAAGAGGCGACCCGGGGAAAACGGUGCCUGAGGUGGUUCAAAAGGUGACUAUGACCAGGGAGGGUGAUGAUGCCCCAGUGCAUAUCACUGGGGCUCCCCUGGUCGUAGGGUUUGAGAAGCUAUUCCUCCGGCCUGCUGAGGAGCAGAAAGGAGAGGGGGAUGUGGUCAUGGAUCACGACGACUUAACCCUGAUUGCUGACUUGACCUGGAUGGGCCUCAAUACAGGUAACUAA